AGGGUCACCAUGGCUGCCCUUGGCAUCACCGUGGCCCUGCUGGCGUGGGUGGCUAUCCUCCUGCUGGUGUCCAUCUGGAAGCAGGUCCACAGCAGCUGGAACCUGCCCCCAGGACCCUUCCCACUUCCCAUCAUUGGGAAUAUUUACCAGUUGGACUUGAAGAAUAUUCCCAAAUCCUUCACCCGGCUGGCCGAGCGCUUUGGGCCGGUGUUCACGCUGUACCUGGGCUCGCGGCGCACCGUGGUGCUGCACGGCUACGAGGCGGUGCGCGAAGCGCUGCUGGACCGCAGGAACGACUUCUCCGGCCGCGGCGAGAUCGCCGUGUUCCACGCGCACAAGGACAGGGGAAUUAUUUUCAAUAACGGACCCACCUGGAAGGACGUUCGGCGGUUUUCCCUGACCAACCUCCGAGACUACGGGAUGGGGAAGCGGGGCAAUGAAGAGCGGAUCCAGAGGGAGGCCCCCUACCUGCUGGAGGCGCUCCGGAAGACCCAGGGCCAGCCCUUCGACCCCACCUUUGUCAUUGGUUGUGCACCCUGCAACGUCAUAGCUGACAUCCUCUUCCGCAAGCAUUUUAACUACAAUGAUAAGAAGUGUCUGAGGCUGAUGAGUUUGUUUAAUGAGAACUUCUAUCUGCUCAGUACCCCCUGGCUCCAGUUUUACAAUAAUUUUCCGAGCUAUCUAUACUACCUGCCUGGAAGCCAUAGAAAAGUAAUGAAAAAUGUGUCUGAAAUAAAAGACUAUGUCGCGGAAAUAGUGAAGGAGCACCACCAGUUGCUGGACCCCGGCUGCCCCCAGGACCUCACCGACAGCCUGCUUGUGGAGAUGGAGAAGGAAAAGCACAGCACUGAGCCCUUGUACACAUCGGACGGUAUCACGGUGACCUUGGCUGACCUGUUCUUUGCGGGAACAGAGACCACCAGCACCACUCUGAGAUAUGGGCUCCUGAUUCUCAUGAAAUACCCUGAGAUCGAAGAAAAACUUCAUGAAGAAAUCGACAGGGUGAUUGGGCCAAGCAGAAUCCCUGCCAUCAAGGACAGGCUAGAGAUGCCCUACAUGGAUGCUGUAGUGCAUGAGAUUCAGCGGUUUAUCAACCUCGUGCCCUCCAACCUGCCCCAUGAAGCAGUCCAAGACACCACGUUCAGAGGAUAUGUCAUCCCCAAGGGCACAGUCGUAAUUCCAACACUGGACUCCCUUUUGUUUGACGAAAAAGAAUUCCCUGAUCCAGAGAAGUUUAAUCCAGGACACUUUCUGAAUGAAAAUGGGAAGUUCAAGUACAGUGACUAUUUCAAGCCAUUUUCCACAGGAAAACGAGUGUGUGUUGGAGAAGGCCUGGCUCGCAUGGAAUUGUUUCUCUUCUUGUCUGCCAUUUUGCAGCAUUUUAAUUUAAAGCCUCUUGUUGAUCCCAAGGACAUAGACCUCAGCCCUAUGACGAUUGGGUUUGGCAACAUCCCACCACAUUACAAACUCUGUGUCAUUCCCCGGUCAUGAGUCUAAGGAAGACAUGCCCUGAAGCCCC